GGACGACGAGGAGGAGGAGGAGGAGGAGGAGGAGGAGAAGGCGGCGGCGGCGGCAGCAGCAGCGGGAGCUGCGGACCGGGCUCGUCUGGCAGGACCAAGGGCUCGGGGUGUGGGGCCGAGCACGGAACCUCCCCUCCCACACACACCCCCGGCUCGACCACCCUGUCGGCCGCCCCGACGCCUGGGCCGCGGAGUUCGUGUCCCGGCUCGGACCCCGGCGCCCAGCCUGGAGCCGUAACCUUGAGGCGGCGGCGCCGGCGGGGCUGGGCCGGGCCGGGCCGGGGGGCGGCGGCGGCGGCGGCGCUGGAUCCACGGUUGCCGGAACGUUGGCGGGAGAUGUCGAACCCCGGGACGCGCAGGAACGGCUCCAGCAUCAAGAUCCGCCUGACAGUAUUGUGUGCCAAGAACCUUGCAAAGAAAGACUUUUUCAGACUCCCUGACCCCUUCGCUAAGAUUGUUGUGGAUGGCUCUGGGCAGUGCCACUCGACCGACACUGUGAAAAACACAUUGGACCCAAAGUGGAAUCAGCACUACGACCUAUACGUUGGGAAAACAGAUUCUAUAACCAUCAGCGUGUGGAACCACAAGAAGAUUCACAAGAAGCAGGGAGCGGGCUUCCUGGGCUGUGUGCGGCUGCUUUCCAAUGCCAUCAGCAGAUUGAAAGACACUGGCUACCAGCGUUUGGAUUUGUGCAAACUAAAUCCCUCAGAUUCUGAUGCAGUUCGUGGCCAAAUAGUGGUCAGUUUACAGACGCGAGACCGGAUAGGCUCUGGAGGGUCAGUGGUGGACUGCAGGGGACUGCUAGAAAAUGAAGGAACGGUGUAUGAAGACUUGGGGCCCGGAAGGCCGCUGAGCGGCCUCAUGGAGGAGCCGGCCCCGUACACGGACGGCACCGGGGCGGCGGCGGGCGGUGGGAACUGCAGGUUCGCGGAAUCCCCGAGUCAAGAGCAGAGACUGCAGACGCAGCGGCUGCGGAACCCCGAGGUGCGCGGGUCGCUGCAGACACCCCAGAACCGACCGCACGGCCACCAGUCGCCAGAGCUGCCGGAAGGCUACGAACAGAGAACAACGGUUCAGGGCCAGGUGUACUUCUUACACACGCAGACGGGAGUCAGCACGUGGCACGACCCCAGGAUACCCAGAGACCUUAACAGUGUGAACUGUGACGAGCUUGGACCGCUGCCGCCCGGCUGGGAAGUCCGGAGCACCGUGUCUGGGAGAAUCUAUUUUGUAGAUCAUAAUAACCGCACUACCCAGUUUACAGACCCCCGGCUGCACCACAUCAUGAGUCACCAGUGCCAGCUGAAGGAGCCGAGCCAGCCGCCGCCGCUGCCCAGCGAGGGCUCCCUGGAGGAGGAGGAGCUGCCGGCGCAGCGCUACGAGCGGGACCUGGUCCAGAAGCUGAAGGUGCUCCGCCACGAGCUGUCUCUGCAGCAGCCCCAGGCUGGACACUGCCGCAUCGAGGUCUCCCGCGAGGAGAUCUUCGAGGAGUCUUACAGGCAGAUCAUGAAGAUGCGGCCUAAAGACCUGAAGAAGCGGCUCAUGGUGAAGUUCCGCGGAGAGGAGGGCUUAGACUACGGUGGCGUGGCCAGGGAGUGGCUGUACUUGCUGUGCCACGAAAUGCUGAACCCCUACUAUGGCCUCUUCCAGUACUCCACGGACAACAUCUACAUGCUGCAGAUCAACCCCGACUCCGCCAUCAACCCGGACCACCUGUCUUACUUCCACUUCGUGGGGCGGAUCAUGGGGCUGGCCGUGUUCCACGGGCACCACAUCAACGGUGGCUUCACGGUGCCCUUCUACAAGCAGCUGCUGGGCAAGCCCAUCCAGCUGUCCGACCUCGAGUCGGUGGACCCCGAGCUGCACAAGAGCCUGGUGUGGAUCCUGGAGAACGAUAUCACCCCGGUGCUGGACCACACGUUCUGCGUGGAGCACAAUGCCUUUGGGCGCAUUCUCCAGCACGAGCUGAAGCCCAAUGGCCGGAAUGUGCCGGUCACCGAGGACAACAAGAAGGAAUAUGUGCGGCUUUAUGUGAACUGGAGGUUCAUGAGAGGAAUCGAGGCGCAGUUCCUGGCACUGCACAAGGGCUUCAAUGAACUCAUCCCGCAGCACCUCCUGAAGCCCUUCGACCAGAAGGAACUAGAGCUAAUAAUCGGCGGCCUGGACAAGAUCGACGUGAGUGACUGGAAGUCCAACACGCGGCUGAAGCACUGUGCGGCCGACAGCAGCAUCGUGCGCUGGUUCUGGCAGGCGGUGGAGACCUUCGAUGAGGAGCGGAGGGCCAGGCUCCUGCAGUUCGUGACCGGCUCCACCCGUGUUCCUCUGCAAGGCUUCAAGGCUCUGCAAGGCUCUACAGGCGCGGCAGGGCCCCGGCUCUUCACCAUCCACCUCAUCGACGCCAACACCGACAACCUGCCCAAGGCCCACACCUGCUUUAACCGCAUCGACAUCCCGCCUUACGAGUCCUUCGAGAAGCUGUACGAGAAGCUGCUGACGGCCGUGGAGGAGACGUGCGGCUUCGCCGUGGAGUGAGCGCGGCCGGCGCCUCGUGAGCACGCAGCAGAGCGGAGCGGAUCGCCGCGGAGCGGCCGCUGCCCUCCUGGCCCGGGCGGGAGGACGGGGAACCGCCACGGUGGCCCCGCACCCUCCACCCGCCCUCCCUCCAUCGCCAUCCAGUAAAGCGCAGCAGGUUUCGCCUCGGCCUCGUGAGCGAGCUGUGAGAGGGCGGCGGCGGCGGCGGUGUGUGUGUGCCCGAGUCCGGCUGCGCGCCACCCGCCCCGCGGCCACGUGGGACAGCGCAGACCAGAGCAUCGGCCGCGCGCG